GUCAGAACCGGAUCCGGGGCGUCCGGGUUGAGUCAUCGGGACCCCGAACGAUUGCUGUGGAUGGGGCAGGGAGCCUGAUGGAAUGACAGUUGAUUGAUGCACUGACCAGAAGGAUAAAAACUUGAAUGGAAGAGCCCUCUCCUUGUGACUCUGACUGGAGUUGACAUGAUUUCCAGGGUGACAUGAGUCAGACACUAACUUUUAGCAGCAAACACAUAUUCGGAUUUUCCGCCUCCCGUCAAGUUACGGAAAUAACGAGAUUUACAUUACUUGCCCUCUGUUUGCUUUGGGGCACAUUAAAAAGAAUGGAAAUAGUGCAUCACUCAGCGCAGACCCUGAUGACAGCUCUCAUCUCCAACAACCCUGAGCUUGUGUCCCAGUAUGAGAAAUUAGACAUUCGGGAACAGCAAUUCUUGAACGAGGCUUUCCAACAAAAGCAGAAUCUCUUUUUACCCAUUACCUUGCACUCGCAAUCUGAUUGGCUCACCUCUCAUCCGGAGGAUCCCCAAGACUUUGAGCAGUUUUUCAGUGAUCCUUACAGAAAUAAACCCUCUCCGGAGAAACAUCAAAUUUAUAUCCAGUGCAUUGGCUCUCUAGGAAACAGCAGAAGUAUUAAUGAAGAGUAUAUCAAAUGGCUCAAGACCUAUUGUGAAGCAUUUUUCUAUGGCUUGACUGUCACACUCCUGGAACCAGUUCCUGUCUCUGCGACAAAGUGUUCCUUCCGGGUCAACGAUAGCACACAUAACCUGCAGAUCCACGCAGGGCAGAUUCUGAAAUUCUUGAAAAAGAGGAAACCCCGAGAUGCCUUCUGCAUUGUGGGGAUAACGAUGAUCGAUCUUUACCCAAGAGAUUCCUGGAAUUUUGUCUUUGGACAGGCCUCUUUGACAGAUGGCGUGGGGAUUUUCAGCUUUGCCAGAUAUUGCAAUGACUUCUACAGCCCCCACUACAAAGGCAGAGUGAAGAAGCAGAAAGUAUCUCCUAGUGACUAUUCCAUUUUCAACGACUAUUACCUUCCCGAAGUCACUAGUGUCCUGCUGCUGCGAUCUUGUAAGACCCUAAGUCACGAGGUUGGCCACAUAUUCGGACUGCGCCACUGCCAGUGGCUAGCAUGCCUCAUGCAAGGGUCCAACCACCUGGAGGAAGCCGAUCGCCGCCCCCUCAACCUCUGCCCCAUCUGCCUGCGUAAGCUGCAGUGCGCCAUCGGCUUCAAAAUUGUGGAAAGAUACAAGGCGCUGGUGAAGUGGAUUGAAGAUGACGAAGCGGCCCGUCCCCUCUGUGCUGUCACUACGAAAUCUGCUGGGGAAGACGUCACAGGUUUGCUGAAACCCGUGGAAGCCUUCAAGGACUGGAAGGAGUGGAUCGGGAGAUGCCUCGCCUUUCUCCAAAGAGAAGAAACUUCCAGAGUGACUCAUUAAAGCCCACGCUCUCGCACAGAUGCUUUUACAUUCGGGUGGGAAAGUUCUCGGGAACUGCUAAUUAAUUUUGUGCCCUUGUAUCAAAUGCAGCUGAGAUUUGAAAUUCCUUUAA